AUGAUUAAAUGUUAAAGUAUAACAUUAAUAGAUUUUCAUUAUUCAUGCGGAAUGUGUGGAGGAAUGGAAGAAUUAGAUUGCAUUAUUUGUGUUGAUACUGAUUACAUAUAUUUAGUUGGAAAUACUUUUUUCUGUAAAGAAGGAUAUUAUGAUGCAGGGUUACCUGUUUGUUAAAGUAUUAAUAAAUUCUAAUAUCUAGAAUGUAAUUAUAUAUGAAAAGGAUUCUAUAAGCAAUCUGAAAGUUGUAAUUUUUAUCCGGAUACAGAAAAAUAGAAAUGUAUUAGAUUAAAUAUUUAAAGUACAAAAAUUUCUAUGUCCAAUUUUAAUACUGUCAGAUAAUUUGUUUCAGGUUUAAAUAAAUUUAAAUGCCUCCAAAAAUAAUAAGAUGAUAGAUAGAAUCAAGUUUUUAGAUUAUUAUAUUAUUAAUCAUUAAAGAAUGCCAUUAUUAAGGUCUCUUAUGAAAUGUAAUAGAGAUUAAAUGUGAAUUAUGUUCAAUUUCAUAAACAAAAUAUAUAAUGA